CGCCGAGGUGUCUAAUAAGGGGGUGAGAUGGUGUGUGUGUGUGUGUUAUGCUGUCUUAGGGUAUCCUAACAUUGCAUUUACAAGUGGUUAAAUAGAUUGUCAUGAGGUGGUUUGCGUACUAAUCUAUCUGCAAAUUGCAAGGUAGUAGUGUUUCCAGAUACUUGCACAUACAUAUGCUGUACAUAUAUAUAUAUAUAUUUACAUUCAUGGUGAAUUGUCAAGAUAAAUUAAUUCAUAUACAUUUAACUAUAUAAAUACCUCGUAAAUGGGUGACAAGAUAUUUACACACACAUACAAAGAACAAUUUACGAGCGCCAUUGACCUGGCUGUGUGGCAAACAAUCCUUCUUAAGCUGACUAAACGGGCACGAUUGUUACCUAAGACCGAUAUGUGGGGUCGGUUUGUUUAGCUUAGUCAGCAGCGGCUGAUCGGUCGGCAAUUGGCAAAAUUACGGUCCGGAUCGACGAGCCGCGGGAAAUUGUCAAGGACAACGCAGAAAAAAUAUGGCCAUGGUGACCCGACAACAGGUCGACGCGCGAAUGAAGAUUUUUGACGAGCUGCUGCUUCGCUAACCUUUGUUUUCUUCAAGAACAGAAACGGCUUGAGACGGGCGAGAACAGAUCCCAAAAAAAAAAACUGUUCCUCUCACCAUUUGUGAUAAAUCUUUUUCGGGGCAACAUAUGCAUUUAUGGACAAGGACGACUUUGGGUUCUUGGCCAACAUUGACGCGUGGUACUUCUCGACUACCAUCAUGAGCACCGUGGGGUUCGGCGACUUUUCGCCCAAGACCAAUUUUUCAAAGAUUGUAGUGAUGAUUAACCAUGCCAUCAUUUUGCUCGAGAUCGUUUCACUGCUAUUUGGAACCAAGAGUGUUCUAGGACGCGUGUUUGAGAACACGCACAGUUCCGUGUCCACACCACUAUCAUCACAUCACUUCGGCGGUAAUAAAAGACCAAGAAGGUGUUCAAGGAUGGUCGGAAGGCGUUCAAGACGUCCAUAAGGGCAUCGUGUCGGAAACUGGGAUGGUGAGAAGGCGACGACAUAGCACCGCGUGCACGAGCAACCUACAUGUAUACAUAUACACAUAAAUAUAUGACCAC